GGAAAUACUAUAAAGAUGCCCAAAACAAAAAAGCAGGAUUCGGAUAGCGAUAGCGGGCCAGAUGAUCGAAACAAGCCGGCAAGCAAGAAGGCUAAGGAAUCAGCUGCUCCAAAGUCAGCUCGUCGAGAUUCAGGCGGAGAUAGCGCAACCACUUGGACCCUGGAGGGUCUUCGCCAGGUGCGAAUCAAUGAGUUCCGCGGUCGCAAAAUGGUGGACAUUCGAGAGUUCUACGAAAAGGGCGGCGAAACUCUGCCCGGCAAGAAGGGCAUCUCCCUAUCUGUAAAGCAGUGGAAGAAACUGCUCGAAGUGGCUGAAGAAGUCACCCGCGCCGUCGAGAAUUAAUUCAAGUUCAUCUACAUGCCAAACUAAGUCGUAGCGAUAUCCAUAUGUAGUUAUUGUAGACCACGUUAAGAAGCAUUUAACUGGGACGUAUCCAGUGAAUAAACGUUAUCUUAGGCACUAGUAAUCUAAAA